UUAUCUCUCCCCAAGAUCAAUCCGAACAGUUAUGCAAUAGCGUUCACCUAAUCGAUUAUUUGGGAUGUGUAGUCAUGCGCUUCAACUUUGCCAGCGUUAAAGCAAAUGAGAGAACUACAUCUCCCGGCAGGCUUAGCGGCACAUUGCUUCACUAGUUACACAUUGAAUGUAGUUCGCUGUACUUGGAAAUCCGUUCAUGAUUCAGUUCAUUAAUAAAUAAAUAGUUGAGUGUCAUGGCGGAAUCCGCAGCGUGUCCUGCAUUCCAGCUCGGGAGACCCCGAUACGACCAGGGUUCGUUCUUUGGUCGACUGAGACACUUUGUAGACAUCAUUGACCCGAGCACUCUGUUUGUCUCAGAGAAACGGCUAAAAGAAUGCAUCAAACUCCUCGAUGACUACAAACAUGGCGCACUUCCACCUGGAGUGUCUGACGUUCAGCUGUGGGAAGCACAGAAGAUCAAACAGGCCAUCAUUCAUCCUGACACAGGAGAGAAGAUCUUCAUGCCAUUUCGAAUGUCAGGUUAUGUACCAUUUGGAACACCGAUUGUCAUUGGCCUUCUUCUCCCAAAUCAGACUGUGGUGUCUACCAUUAUAUGGCAGUGGUUGAACCAGAGUCACAAUGCCUGUGUGAACUAUGCGAAUCGUAAUGCGACGAAGUUCACUGGUAAAGCCACAGUGUUGUGGCUGCACAGACUACAGUCACACCAUCUGUGGCUGCAGUCGUUGUUUGUCAGUCUGCACAGAUUCUGCUUAAAAUGCAUUAUAAUUUCUGAGCUGUCUCCCUCUCCCUUUGCAGCUAGUGCAAACAUCUGUAACGUGGGCCUGAUGAGACACAGCGAGCUGUCCGAGGGUGUCGAUGUGCUCGACAACAACGGGAACGUUGUGGGAUCCUCCAGAAUUGCUGCGAGACAUGCAAUCAUGGAAACUGCCUUUACACGUGUGGUCCUCCCAAUGCCAAUCUUUGUCCUGCCCCCCAUCAUUAUGUCCUACCUCGAGAGGCUGCGAUUUCUGCAGAGCAACCGCAGGCUGUUGCUGCCCAUCCACAGCGCUGUGUGCCUGGUUACCUUUGGCCUGUCCUUGCCCGUGGCCAUCAGUCUGUUCCCCCAGAUGUCUCAGAUCGAGGUGUCUUGCCUUGAGCCGGAGAUUGCCAUGGCAACAGAUUGCAAGGUGGUGACCUACAACAAAGGUUUAUGAUGGAUGGUGGUGGAGUGGGAGAGGAGAGCAGAGGGAGCCAGGAGGAAAAUGAGGCUGCUGUGUGAAUAGCUGUCAGGAGUCUCAGCUGUAGGUUCCUCCUGGAACGAUGUGCUGCAUUUUUAUCACAGAAAGACGGCUUUUUAAACUGGUUUCUGCAUUUAUCAAGAUCCCAGCAGUUAUUAAAUCAUAGUUUUCUGAGAGGUUUUUUAUUCUGUCGUCUCCUUUUUAAGAGCUCUUUGUAUAGAAAUGCUGAUUUAUUCUCUGUAAAGUCAGAUUUAGCAUCAGUUCCUUAUUUCAUGCUGUAUAAAUAAGUGUUCCUACAGAUAUGCUGUUCUUUGUUGGUCCGGCCGAGCACAGUUCUUCUCACUGCGUCAUCUCGAACUUUGUCUGUCUGUGACUGUGUAUGCUGUGCAGAGCCAGUUUGUUUCAGCUGUUUGAAACUGCUGCAAAUGAACCAAAACAGCAAAAAUAUUCCUUCACUCUGUUUUGAAUCUUGGGACAAACAUUUGUAAAAUAUAUUGAAAGCAAACACAGUUUGAUUAUAUGAGAGGAAAUCAGCCCAAGGAGAGAUGAACAUGAAUAAGCUUAUGAAUCCAAAAAUCGUUGGACAAACAGCGACGUGUCCAACGACUGCUGUUAAGCACUGGUCUGUGUUCUGCUAUUAAGCUGUAGCCACUUAAUAGCAGUGCACAGACCAGUGUGCACAAUUUCCACAGCCAUUAAUAAAGAAGAGCACACAGGUACCUAACUUCUUUAGUGGUGCAUGCAUAAAGAGCAGCACCAUAAUAAAAGUGAAAAAAGUUAAAGAAAUGUUGCAGGUGAAAGGUUUUCCUGCCUGAGAGGAGGAAUUAGAUUUAUUUCUAAAAAAGGAACCUUAAUUUAAGUUUAGUGAUGUUUAUUCAGCUUGUGCUGUGAUCAGAUUUUAGUUCGAUUUUUAAGAGAUUUGCUGCAGCAAAAUCCUAAUUACAGCCCUAAUAUGGGAAACAGUUCUCACAGUGCCCACACUGAGCCACAUAUAUUUAAAACAUUUAAUAAUUGUUUACUGACAGUAAGGAAGAGGUUUUACUAGUUCCAGAAUAUGGCCAUUCAGAAUAAGUCUUUUAUAUUGGAUAAGACAAAAACCAAUAUAUCAGGAUCAUUAUGAGUCUCUUAAUAUAAAAAUUAUUUAUUUUUCCUUGUACUGGCUACUAUCCAUCUGCAGACUCUGUGGAGGUCGAGGCAAACAUAAAAUAAAACUACAAGUAUUUUUCAUCAGGUCAUUAAAAGAUAAAUCUACUGUAUUGUGUCUGUGACAUGUAGUGAGUGAGAUGAAAACAUCUUUUGAACUGCAGUUUCUUGAUAUGUAUUGUUUGGUUUUAACUAUCAGCUGAUAAUAAUCUGAUUGUGGAGAUGGAAAGGAGUCAGCUGCAUGCAAACUAAGUUGUUCAGUGAGACUCACUCGGACGAGGGAAACUUUCACUAUGAAACAAACGUGAAGCCCCUGUUCAGUAGCUGCACUCUAGAUGUCUUAUUAUAGAUGUUUAUACAAGUUUUAAACUGGCAGUUGAUACAUGCCGGUGAUUUUAACCCACACAGUGUGAAAGAACUCCUAAAACAUGGCGUUACAUUUUCUUGUAUGAAGGUCAUUUUGCUCCAUUACUGACUGUUGUCGAGUUACUGUUUCAUUAUUAAAGAAUCGCUUCUUUUGUACACAAUUUGAAAUAGAACCAUAACAUAUACUACACAACUGACUGUUUUUAAUUCUUUGUGUAAAACUUCCACUGAUACUAUUGCAAAUGUUUGCUAGUCAAACGAUGUAAACCUAUGUAGACUUAUUUUACUAUAUAGCCUGUAAUAAAUACUCUUUUACUGUA